GACUACAUUCUUGCUCCCGCGAGAUCUUGUCCUAAAUCUCCAGAGGGCCGUUGCUAUGGAUACAGUAGCGUCGCAAUCAGUGAGGAAGCAGCUACAGAUUCUUCACCUACCAUACAAAAUUAUGGAGUGAAAAACACCUUAAGGUGACAGAUCAUGGAGCAUGAUGAUGAACUGAAUGACUUGCGGCUUCAGUUCCAAGCACUACAAAAACAGCAGGAGAAAAGGAAACUGGAUAGGAAAAAGCAGAAUGAACCAGAUAAGCUUAAUGACAGUGCUACCCAGGAUGGUUUGGAUCUAUCUAAGCAAGGUAUUCGAGCAGACAAUCUCAAAGACAGACUGCUACAGAAUGACAAUCAGUAUCAAAAUUUGCUGGACCAGCUGAGGGAACUUAAGGAUGAAAAUGGUCGGCUCUUCAAACUUCUGAGUGAAAAGGAUUUUGAAAUUAAACACCUGAAGAAGAAAAGAGAAGAAGAACGACUGUUCUUAACAGGCACAUCGGGCUUGGCAGGGGAUAUAGCAGCCUCCAAGAUUGUUGAGCUGUCCAAGAAGAAUAGAGAGCUAACUGCUGAGAUUGAGCGAGAAAAGAUUAAAUCCAAACAAAAUAGCAAUAGAAUCAAAGAGCUUGAGAAAGAGCUGCAGGCCGCUUUGGUGCACUCUCCACCUGGGCAAAAGAUUGACACAAAGUCACAGGAUAAGAGGUCAUCUGAAGAUUGUGAGCAGGAAAAUCCUGUGGUGAAAUCACUGCAGGAAAAAUUUGCUGCUGCCCAGCUGAAAGUGAUUGAGUAUCGCAAUCAGGUUCAAUCUGUCAAACAGGAGUUGAAAGUAGCUCAGAAGGUUUUGAUCAGUGAGGUUGGAGAGGAGGUCAACCUUCAGCAAUUACUAAGUUGCCCUGGGAGCUUUAGAGGUCGCUCUCAGCAGAUACUGGCUCUUCAGACAAGGGUGCGAGACCUUGAGCAGCAGCUGAAGCAGUCAACUCAGCGAAGACAAUCAAGUGUCCUGAGUGUAGAGGAAGAGUUUCUGGGCAUGGGGGUCCUCCAGAAAACCCCUUCUGAAGACAGGAACCUCAGCUACAUCCGCACCAUGGAGAAGGAGAAGAGGGAGGCAUUUGAGAGAAUCUCAGUGGACUAUGAGGCCCUCCUGAAAGACCACGAGGAUGUGAAGAAAAAGCUGGAAGCCUCUAAAGCCAGGAACAAAUCUCUGUCUAUAGAACUGAAAACUCUGAAGGUCCAGAUCUCCACUCUCCUGGAGAAGGGCAAACAUGAUGAUGAGCUUGUGGAUGCUUUGCUGAAGCAGCAGACCCAGAUGCAGGAGGUGCUGAGACGGCUCGGCCAACAGCAGAACGUGCGGAGCAAGGAGAUCCAGCAGAGCCCGAGACAAAAGCUGAGCAGUGAGCCUUCAGAGCACAACGCUCUCAUCCGGAAUCUUAAGCAGACGGUUGCUAAGAAAGAGGCCAAGAUCAAAGAACUACAGGAGGAAAUGCAGCAGCUCAUGCUGUUGCAGGAAGAGGGCGUGGAAAGACACUCCAGCCUCAAGACAACAAUUUGCAGUUCAGGAUUUCCCCCUGAAGAGGGAGACAUUAACAAGAGAAUAACAUCUUCAGGAUCAGUUCCCAAAUUUGGUCAUAAACUGGUGCUGCCUGCUGUGGGAAGUAGUAUAGAAUUCAAGGGUCCAAGUUCUUCAAAAUGUCCACAGUGUUCAGCUGAUGUGGGUGCACUGAUGACCCAGUGUAAUGAAUAUAAAAUACUCUGCACGGAGAAGGACAGACUCCUUGAGCUGGUUAACGUCCUACAAACAAAAGAGAAAGAGAUGAACCAGAUGUUUUUGGAGGCAGAACAGAAGUACAUGGAGGAGCACCGCAGGAUAGUGAUCCUGGAGCAGCAGCUGGAGAAGACCAAAUUACAGUAAAAGUCAGAACUGUAAAAGCAGCAAGGGUAGAACUGGAGCAGUGUCCCUCAGCACCAGGGUGGCAGGAGUCUCUGAGCAGCAGGAACUGUCCACAGACAAACUGAGUAGACUGUCCAAUGAGUCCCUUGGCAUUUGUAAACAUCUGACAACACUCUAGAUGUCUUGAACUGGUUCUGAAAACUAGCAAGAUUUUUAUUUUUCCAACUAUUUUUACACCAGGCAACAGAAAUAAUGAUGCAUCGCAAUGGACACACUGCCUAUGGACAGUGUUCAUUCUAACACUCGUGUUUGGACUGCACAGGGAUGUUCAUGUUGCUCUUGUAAUGUAUGUUGUCUCCUGGCUGGUCAUUUAGCUGGAGGAAACGGCGGCGCUGAGGGCAUCGCUAAAGAGCACUCUCCACCAUGACCUGCAGCUCUGCAGUGACAUGAUGAGACAAGUCAAGCAUGUUUUCCUGCGGGCUCUGUGAAAGCCCAGACAAGACACUAACCAGGGGAAGUGGCUGGUCCCUGCUCAACUUCACGUCCAGCUGAGCCCUACCCUCUCCUGUCACAUGUGACAAACAGCAGCCUGCAGGAAACAGGCUCUCCUCACAACAUCAUACGGUUCUCCGUGUUUUUCUCCAUUUGAACCCUCAAAGACAGUUUGUGAUGGUUCCUUUGUGCGUUCAUUGACCUCAGCUUAACCACUCAGUACCUUGAUGGCAUCAGACAUCCUACUGAUUGCAGAAAAGUUUGACGCUGAUAGGAUCUCUCCCCAUGGUUUCAUAUCUUGUCUGCUUGCUGUUUUAUAAAUGUCACUGUCACAUUUUAUUAAAGCUAUCUAUUUCCUUC